UUGCUGGUGACGUCCGGGCCAAACGGGUCGGGUGGGCUCUGCCGAGCAGUGUGCUUCCGCGGGCUCCGGGGUCGCUGGGGCCUCGUGGCGGGGCGGCUCAACGGGGCUUGGCCCGCUGCCUCCCCUCCCCCGUGCCCUCUUGCGGCGCCCGGCGGGGCCUGCGCUUCAGCCAGAGACCCGGAAAAAGGUGAAGAACGAAUGUCAUCAUGUCUGGAAUCAAGCGAACAAUCAAAGAAACUGACCCUGAUUAUGAGGAUGUAUCUGUGGCCCUGCCAAAUAAGCGGCAUAAAGCAAUUGAGAAUUCAGCUCGAGAUGCUGCUGUGCAGAAGAUUGAGACUAUUAUCAAGGAACAAUUUGCACUUGAAAUGAAGAAUAAGGAACAUGAAAUUGAGGUCAUUGACCAGCGACUAAUUGAGGCAAGAAGGAUGAUGGAUAAACUUCGUGCCUGCAUUGUCGCAAACUACUAUGCUUCUGCAGGACUUCUGAAAGUUUCUGAGGGAUCAAAGACAUGUGAUACAAUGGUUUUUAAUCAUCCUGCUGUCAAGAAAUUUUUGGAAUCACCAUCUAGGUCAUCAUCUCCUGCCAAUCAGAGAUCAGAAACACCAUCAGCCAAUCAUUCAGAAAGUGAUUCUUUAUCUCAACACAAUGACUUCUUAUCUGAUAAAGACACUAACAGCAAUUUGGACAUAGAGGAAAGACUCUCAAGCAACACAGAGCAGAGACCAAGCCGAAAUACUGGAAGGGAUACUUCUGGUAUUACUGGCUCCCAUAAAACAGAGCAGCGGAAUACUGAUCUUACAGGAGAUGAGACUUCACGACUUUUUGUAAAGAAAACAAUAGUAGUGGGCAAUGUGUCCAAGUACAUACCUCCUGAUAAGAGAGAAGAAAACGACCAAUCAACCCACAAGUGGAUGGUAUAUGUCCGAGGGUCUCGUAGAGAACCCAGCAUUAAUCAUUUUGUCAAGAAAGUUUGGUUCUUUCUUCAUCCCAGCUAUAAACCAAAUGACCUUGUGGAAGUUAGAGAGCCUCCUUUUCACUUGACCAGAAGAGGCUGGGGUGAGUUUCCUGUCAGAGUUCAAGUUCACUUUAAGGACAGCCAGAACAAGCGGAUAGAUAUCAUACAUAAUCUGAAGCUGGACAGAACUUAUACUGGCUUGCAGACUCUUGGAGCAGAGACGGUAGUGGAUGUUGAGCUCCAUCGGCAUUCUCUUGGAGAAGACUCCGUUUAUCCUCAGUCCUCUGAGUCAGACAUCUCAGAUGCCCCACCAUCCUUGCCUUUGACCAUUCCAGCCCCUGUGAAAGCGUCCUCACCAGUAAAGCAGUCACAUGAGCCAGUACCUGAUACCUCUGUGGAGAAAGAAGGAUUCCCAGCCAACACUGAAGCUGAGAGACACACUACAUUUUAUUCUUUGCCAUCUUCAUUGGAACGAACACCCACCAAAAUGACAACAUCCCAGAAAGUUACCUUUUGUUCUCAUGGCAAUUCAGCUUUUCAGCCAAUAGCAUCAAGUUGCAAAAUUGUGCCACAAAGUCAGGUUCCUAAUCCGGAGUCACCUGGAAAAUCCUUCCAGCCUAUCACCAUGAGCUGCAAGAUUGUCUCAGGUUCCCCUAUAUCAACCCCAAGUCCAUCGCCAUUGCCUCGAACCCCAACUUCCACUCCAGUCCAUGUGAAGCAAGGCACUGCCAGUUCUGUUAUUAAUAAUCCUUAUGUUAUCGUGGACAAGCCAGGGCAGGUUAUUGGAGCCACCACUCCUACUGCAGGAAGUCCUACCAGCAAGCUCUCUACUGCCUCUCAGGCCUCCCAAGGAACAGGUUCCCCGAUUCCUAAAAUUCAUGGAAGUAGUUUUGUAACAUCUGCUGUCAAGCAGGAGGAUUCUUUGUUCGCAUCUAUGCCACCUCUUUGCCCAAUUGGGAGUCACCCUAAAGUUCAAAGCCCCAAACCUAUAACUGGAGGACUUGGAGCUUUCACAAAAGUAAUCAUCAAACAGGAACCUGGUGAAGCCUCUCAUGUACCAACAACAGGAGCUGCCAGCCAGUCACCACUCCCUCAGUAUGUGACUGUGAAAGGGGGUCACAUGAUAGCUGUGUCCCCUCAAAAACAAGUCCUAACUGCUGGAGAAGGGACUGCCCAGUCACCAAAGAUUCAGCCCUCUAAGGUUGUUGGGGUGCCAGUUGGGUCUACCCUACCUUCGGCAGUGAAGCAGGCAGUGGCAAUCAGUGGUGGCCAGAUCCUCGUAGCCAAGGCCAGCUCGUCUGUCGCCAAAGCAGUUGGUCCAAAGCAAGUCGUGACCCAAGGAGUUGCCAAGGCAAUUGUGAGUGGAGGUGGAGGAACCAUUGUCGCUCAGCCGGUGCAAGCCUUAACCAAGGCUCAGGUCACUGCUGCUGGUCCUCAGAAGAGUGGAUCCCAGGGUUCAGUAAUGGCGACGUUGCAGCUACCAGCCACUAAUUUGGCCAACUUGGCAAAUUUGCCUCCUGGCACUAAACUCUACCUUACAACGAACAGCAAGAACCCUUCAGGAAAAGGAAAACUUCUGCUGAUCCCUCAAGGAGCCAUCCUGCGGGCUACCAACAAUUCUAACCUCCAGUCUGGCUCAGCUGCCAGUAGCGGUGGUGGCGGCAGUGGCAGUGGAGGAGGAACCGGAGGAGCCCAAAGCCCUGCCGGCCCUGGAGGGAGCCCUGGAGGGAUAUCCCAGCACCUGACGUACACAUCUUACAUCCUGAAGCAAACCCCUCAGGGCACGUUUUUAGUUGGCCAGCCAUCACCCCAGACAUCUGGAAAACAGCUGACUACGGGGUCAGUGGUCCAAGGAACACUGGGAGUCAGCACAUCCUCUGCACAAGGACAGCAAACAUUAAAAGUCAUCUCUGGACAAAAAACCACUUUGUUUACCCAGGCGGCCCCGGGGGCACAGGCAUCUCUAAUGAAAAUAUCUGAUAGCGCAUUGAAGUCUGUGCCAGCCACCUCACAACUCUCAAAGCCUGGAACCACAAUGCUGAGAGUAGCAGGAGGAGUUAUUACAACUGCCAGUUCCCCAGCUGUAGCCCUCUCAGCAAAUGGUCCUGCGCAACAGCAGUCGGAAGGAACAGCUCCCAGUUCAUCGUCUACUGUGACUUCUGUAAUGAAAACUUCUGGGCAGCAGCAAGUGUGUGUGAGCCCAGCCACCAUGGGACCCUGCAAGGCUGCUGCCCCCUCUGUCAUCAGUGCUACGUCCCUGGUGUCCACACCAAACCCCAUCUCUGGAAAGGCCACAGUAUCAGGAUUGUUAAAGAUUCACUCCAGUCAGUCCAAUCCCCAGCAGGCUGUCCUGACAAUCCCCAGCCAGCUCAAACCACUCAGUGUAAACACAUCUGGAGGUGUGCAGACUAUACUGAUGCCUGUGAAUAAAGUGGUUCAGUCAUUUCCUACCAACAAAUCGCCUGCCAUUCUGCCUGUAGCUGCCCCAACUCCAGUUGUCCCCAGCUCUGCUCCAGCAACUGUUACAAAAGUGAAGACUGAACCAGAAACACCUGUGCCAAGCUGCCCCUCUCAGGAUGGUCACACAGCAGUGAAAACAGAAGAAAGUUCUGAGCUGGGAAACUAUGUCAUUAAGAUAGACCAUUUAGAGACUAUCCAGCAACUCUUAACAGCAGUAGUAAAGAAGAUCCCUUUAAUCACUGCAAAAAGUGAAGAUGCCAGCUGUUUUUCUGCAAAAUCUGUGGAGCAGUAUUAUGGCUGGAACAUUGGGAAAAGGAGAGCUGCUGAGUGGCAAAGAGCGAUGACAAUGCGAAAAGUCUUACAAGAAAUACUGGAAAAGAAUCCAAGAUUUCAUCACCUGACUCCGCUUAAAACCAAGCACAUCGCUCACUGGUGUCGCUGCCAUGGCUACACCCCACCUGACCCCGAAAGCCUGAGGAGCGAUGGGGACUCGAUCGAGGAUGUGCUGACCCAGAUUGACAGCGAGCCAGAGUGCCCGUCAUCAUUCUCCUCUGCUGACAACCUCUGCCGGAAACUGGAGGACCUGCAGCAGUUUCAGAAAAGAGAGCCAGAGAAUGAGGAGGAGGUGGACAUCCUCAACCUCUCAGAGCCGUUAAAGAUAAACAUCAAAAAAGAACAGGACGAGAAACAGGAAGAAAUGAAAUUCUACCUGCCACCAACACCAGGCUCUGAAUUUAUUGGUGACAUCACGCAGAAGAUUGGGAUCACCCUGCAGCCUGUGGCGCUGCAUAGGAAUGUGUAUGCGUCGGUGGUGGAGGACAUGAUUUUGAAGGCUACAGAGCAGCUGGUCAGUGACAUCCUGAGACAGGCUUUGGCGGUUGGAUACCAGGCAGCAUCUCACAACAGGAUUCCCAAAGAAAUUACAGUGAGUAAUAUUCACCAGGCCAUUUGCAACACUCCUUUUCUGGACUUCCUCACAAACAAACACAUGGGGAUAUUGAAUGAAGAUCAGUAAACAGAAUGAAGAUGCCCCUAGGAAAGCAGGAUUCGAAGUCUUGAACUGUGAUGACUCUUCUGUUUGGGAGAGAAGGUCGUUUUCUGUGUGCCUCAGAGUAUGAUGGCUACUAAACCAUUGCCUCUACUUAGUAACACCAGUGUUCAGUCCCAGGUCAAAUCCUUUUAGAAGAGAAGUUUGUUUCCUGAUUCUAGAGUGAAGCCAUGAGUGGAUGCAUGCUCUGUCAGCUUGUAUCUGUUCCCUCUCUGUGCAGGCUCCAUCAGGGUCUCAGAGCAGGGUCAGGCCCCAUGUAUCAGGCCCUUCUGUCCUCUGCGUGUUUUCCAGGGGGCACCUUGGGCCUGAGUCUCCCUCCAGGAGGCGGAAAAUGAGUCUGGCAAGCUAGAGAUUUCACCCAUUCUGUGGGCUGGGGUUACAGGCACCCCGCCCAGUUACCCUGAUAACAUCUGGAGGAGGGCUGGGCUUCGGCACUCAGACCCCGAGGAUCGGCUCAGGAAGCAGUGAUGCUGUGCGGAAGACACACAAGCCUGGGAGGCUGCAGACUGAGAAUGCUUCUUUCAUGGAACACAGGAGCAUUACUACAGCCAGUCUCAGAGCAUUGUCAAGGGAUGGACAGAUCCCAGCAUAGGUCAGGAAAAGGUUUGACUACAACCGAGAAGCUCUUAGCCAUAGACAGCACCCACAAAGCCCGGGCACUUGGCAGACUCAGGCCAGCUUUGAGUGUGUGCCGGGCAGAGAGCUGGUUCCUCACCAUUGGCGUGGUCUGCAGGAGCUUCCGCUGCUGAAUCCACGUUGAGUGGCCGGUGGGGAGCAGCCCCUUGGACAGUUCAUCCUAUCCAGUGGAUUUGGUGUCUUGUUCUUCUCUGUCAAGGAGUUUUUCCCAAGAAGAAAAGUGUUUUAAACACUUGUGAGUGCCUUAAAGGUAGAGAAAGGACUGUCAAAGCCAAGACACAGGGAUGUCAGUGCUCAGAAGCAGUGAGAACAGAUUGUCAUAAGCAGAGGCCAUCUCAGUGGGAGGCAGAAGUGGACGGAAAAAGGAAAGUUAGCCGUGCCCUGCAUGAUGUCCAGUUUCAUUAUAGACACUUUACCCCAAUCUUCCUGACAGUCUGUGUAGAAGUAAAGAAUUUAUUCUCAGCAGUUAGGAAUCUGCUCCAAGAAAAACUGAAAGCUGUGAGUCAGAGCCAAAGAAACUUAUCCAAGCAACAUAAUUCAUGUUUUCAUGAAUCCUCUAGAUGUUUGAGUCAGGAGAAGGCAGGGAGGCAACUACGAGAAAUCUGCCCUUCUUUUUUCAGCAUCUGAGGACUGCAGCUGCAGAGGGAAAUUACUCAGUAAGGCAGAGGGCAUGUCCUGGCUUAGUAAUAGAACAGUUUAGUAGUAAAGGCUCAGAUAUUCCAGACAUAAAAUACUCCAGGCAGGGUUAAUGGGCAAGUGUAGACUCACUCAGCAGUGGACUGCGACUCAGAGCUAAAGGGUGAAGAUUUGACCCAAAUGAGAACAGAGCCAGUUACUACAGGUGUGAAAGCCUCAAGAAAUGAUCUUUUUGCAAAAGAAAUAGUAAGCGAUUUAACAGUCCCCAUAUAUGUUAAUGUUGCAAAUGUAUUUGUAUCAUAAUAUGUAACAUAAUUGUGUAACAAAAAUAUCUACAAUAAAUCUUUCAGUAUUUGUGA